AUGAUCCGUGAAAUGAAGUCGGCAGUUUCAUCGUCACUCCUCAACUCCAAGUUCCUUUUAAACCCUAUUCCUCUUUCUCGUUUCAUCUCCCUCAAAUCCCUUUUCCUCCCUAAACUCUCUCUGACUCCGAUCACUAACCUCCCAUCUUCGUCAUCCUCCUCAGCUCCUCUAAGAUCCAUCUCCUCCAUGGCUUCCUCUUUCAACCCCGAACAAGCCAGAGUUCCUUCUGCUCUUCCCCUCCCGGCGCCUCCGUUGACCAAAUUCAACAUCGGAUUGUGUCAGCUAUCUGUCACAAGUGACAAAAAGAGGAACAUCUCUCACGCGAAGAACGCCAUCGAAGAAGCUGCUUCCAAGGGAGCUAAGCUUGUUCUCUUACCCGAAAUUUGGAACAGUCCGUAUUCCAAUGAUAGUUUCGCAGUUUUUGCGGAAGACAUUGAUGCAGGUGGAGAUGCUUCUCCAUCAACUGCAAUGCUCUCUGAAGUUUCCAAACGUCUCAACAUUACAAUCAUUGGUGGCUCCAUUCCAGAAAGAUUUGGGGAUCGUCUUUAUAACACUUGCUGUAUCUUUGGCUCUGAUGGUGAGCUGAAAGCUAAGCAUCGCAAGAUGUGGGGCGUAUUGGAAUUGGCAUCUGCUAUGAUAUCAGGGGCUCAUUUGCUAUGCUACCCAGGAGCAUUUAACAUGACAACUGGACCGCUGCAUUGGGAAUUACUACAAAGGGCAAGGGCUACAGAUAAUCAGUUAUAUGUAGCGACAUGCUCACCUGCCAGAGACACAGGAGCUGGUUACACUGCUUGGGGCCACUCUACACUCGUCGGGCCUUUUGGAGAAGUGAUAGCAACGACUGAGCAUGAGGAGGACAUUAUCAUAGCAGAGAUUGAUUACUCUAUCCUUGAUCAACGAAGGACAAGCCUUCCAUUGAAUAAGCAGCGGCGUGGAGAUCUCUACCAGCUUGUAGACGUACAGCGCCUGAAUUCUGAAUGA